GCCCUCUCUGCAAGUCGUGUCAAAUCAAAAACUUGAAAAUAAAUUUUUCUCAGGCGGGCGUAGAGCCAAAGUUUUCAGGAAAAGUGAUUUUCCAAACAAUCGAUCACGACCCAAAAUAAGUGCAAUUUGUGCGUGAAGUUAUUUGCCGUGUUGGGCAGUUCAAGUUCGCAGCAUUUGUGUUGGCCCAAAAGUAAAAUUUCGUUUUUCAGUGAAGUUCCUUUUUUCUACUCCCCUCGGGUUUCGACAUUAAGGUGGCUCCCUCUUGGUAUAUGUGUAUACGUGCGGUGCAUUUGGGUGUCAACUGUGUAUGGAGCGCUAGUGCUCUGGCUAGAUGGAGGAAAGUAGUCGAAAGUGCAUGAAUGUGUGGGAUUCCAUCGAAGCCAGCAGUGAAGGCAAAAGGUACCAUCUCUGAGUAGUGAAAUGUAAACAUGGCCGAUUGACAUGAGCUCGAAAAGACGGAAAUGAAAAUAUUCCUACCCUCUGGAAAACAUUUUUAAUUGGCGUAAAAAUAACCCCCGCAAUAGUAGACGAAUCGAUCCUGAAAAAUUAGUGUUACUCGUGAAGUGAGUUUUGACUGGAGGGCUCGAAAAGGGUGAACAUUGUGCAAUAUUGUUACCGCACAGUGGAACAGCAAACUUGCAACGAGAAUCGUAAAUCUCCGAUCUAAUCUGGCAAGAUUUUCGUAAUUAGAUCUGGUAGGCGGGAAGACAUUUGUGCAAAAUGGUCAACUGUUCGUAUUCCGAUCAAUCGCUAGCCGCAGCGGUCGCUAGAAAAUGAAUCUCGGUCUAUGGGGAUGCUUGGUGCCCUGUGGACUGCAAUACUGGUGCGAGAGUAAAAGCGAUACAUGCAUUACGGAAAUGGGGGCGACGGCGUCGACUGAUUGCCCCGGUGCUGCCGGGGGUCCUGGUGGAGGAGGUAUUCCAGGUUUUACGGGUGCUAUCACAACGGCCGGCAAUGCAACAACAACCACGCCACUUACUUCAGCCGGUAAUAGUGGAGCGUAUGGGCCAAUUGGUGGAUUGGGUGGAGGAGGGGUUAUUGUUCGUGAGCGACGAAAGAAGGUAACCGGAUUUGCAACAUUAAAAAAGAAACUAAUACGUCGGAGAAGGUCAUCGAAGGCAUGCGAUCAUGGGCGUGUACUGCGCGAGUUCGUUUCCAGCUGGAGCCCAAUGGAACUGUCGGCACUGCUUGAGGAAUAUGAAUCUUUGGCUGCGUUGAAAGACCUGUCGGUGCAAGCCGAGUUAGCACGACCACCGGCCACCACGUUUAAGCAGGAUCUCGCCAGUUUGUACGAUUACAAACAUUGCACCGACUGUGAUCUGGUGUUUCGGGGAACGGUUUUCCCGGUACACCGUGCCCUGUUAUCCGCACGUUGCCCUUACUUCCGAGAUCUUCUCGCAGGUUGUCCAGGUUAUGGAGCGCGCAUUUGUUUGGAGCUACGCUCCUCACCAGUAGACGUUCCGAUGUUCUCUUCGCUGUUAAGAUAUCUCUACACAGGAGAUUUAUGUACACACGAUCCGACCAUAGAUGUAAGCCUGCUACGUAGAUUAGGAGAAGACUUCGGCACACCGAAUCCGUUAGAAAACGAUUUGCGUUAUUUGCUCGAGACAGGCGAUUACGCAGAUGCCGCCAUAGUGUUCACCUCCGAAGGUGGUGACUAUCAUCGACCCGAUUCCGGCAGCUCGGAGUACGGCUUUCGUCCCAAGCUCGAGUUACCUUGCCACAAAGCAAUUCUAAGUGCACGGUCUCCGUUCUUCAAGAACAUGAUCCAGCGACGAACUCGCAAUGUGAAUGAAGAACAUCAGUUGCACGGAACGGAUCGUUCGAUACAUGUACCAACUAGAAUCGUUUUGGACGAAAGCGUAAUACCGAAGCGUUACGCUCGCGUUCUCCUGCAUGCAAUUUAUUUAGAUACAGUUGAUCUUUCAUUGAUCCUGCGUGGAAACGGAUGCGGCAGCGGAGCUGGUAGUCUUGGCGAAGUACAAGCACUUACGCACACUGGGCGGGCUCGGCCAUCUCCCCUAGAAGAGGCUAUGGAACUCUAUCAAAUUGGACGGUUUUUGGAGCUCGAUAUCUUAGCACAAGGGUGCGAAGAUUUAAUACUGGAGUGGCUUUCGUUGGACACUUUGGCUACAGUACUUCGUUGGGGCAGUCAACCUCAUGGCUCAGCUUGGGUAUAUCGACAGGCAUGUCAUUACUUACGUGAGGAAUUUUCCGCUAUCGUAGGAUCACCGGUUCUUUUUCAGCUAGAUAAAUCACAAUUGAUCGAAGCAUUACAAAACAAUUUCUUGCAAGCAUCGGAACUGGAAGUUCUGCAAGCUGUGUUGAAGUGGGGCGAACAGGAGCUGAUCCGACGAAUGGAGGAUCGAGAACCGAAUCUUUUGAGUCACACGGCGCAUUCGGUUACGCGGAAAGGGAUAAAAAAACGGGAUUUGAGUGAUGUGGAGUUACGGGAGAUUCUUUCAGAACUGUUACCUCAUGUUCGAAUGGAUCACGUGCUACCACCGAGUAACGAAAUAUUGAACCAAGCUAUCCGGCGGGGAUUGGUCAGUACACCACCGUCACACAUGAUCGGAGAUGAUCGGGAAAGUCUGCGAAUCAAUGCCUGGAUUCGAGGCGGCAAAAAUCAUGGCUUGUUCGUACGACCAAGGCUAUUCAUGCCAUACUACGAGGAGGUUAAAGUGUUGCUGGAAGAUCACAUUUCUUCGCAGCAAGUCGAAAUGUUGCGGAUGCGGCGAUCACGCCACAUGCCAGAUAUUCCAGAUACACUCUAUAUGGUAUCAAGAUUAAACAGUAAUGCCAGUGGGAACAUCGGUGUUGGAGGAACAGCUGGGGUGGAUGUAGUAGCCGCGGCAGCUGCAUCAAUUCCAGCUCCCGACGCAUCUGCUAUGGAGUCAAUGCAAAAGAGGGAACAAAAGCUACGACAGUCACCUAGCUGCCAACGAGCUUUGAGCCUUCCUCUGUCAAGCCGUCAUGAAAUCAAUCGCCAAAUCAGAUUAAGAGUAGUUCGGGAAUUUAAUUUCCCCGAUGAGGUAUCCGAGCUGUUGGAAAAUUCCAACUGCUACUGCCAGGAUGCGGAUGGUUCCACUCCAAAGGCGCAAGAUGGUAACAUUCACGCAAGCAAUCAAUCGUUGGAUGAGGAAACUACUCCACCACCCUCGCCAGCACUGCCAAGCGAUAUUAUUUCACAAAACGUAGCCUAUUUCGGUCGCAACAUGACAUUCCCCAGACAACAACCGCAGCCACCUUCUCAAGUGUCUUCGCACGGAAGCGGAGGAGGGUUACAUGUUCCCCAAAGUGGUCUGCACGGACCAAACCCAAGCAUAAUAGGAACUCAUCGUCGUCAAGAGCUGCCGUCUCUAAUACCCGGUGGUGAUGUUGUUGCUUACCGCCUGUCUGCUCCGGCUGGCGAUCAUUCGAACGAAGGUGGUGCUUGUUCCGAAGGGCAUCUAUCCGAUAUCAUGCCGGACGUGGCAAUGGCCACGGCUUCUCUUGGGCAGUUGCAACUCGAUGGUAUGCCCGAAAGUUUGCACCUGGAUCUCGGCGAUGGGCCAAGUCAUAUGAUCGGAGCCGCAGCAGCGAUGGGUUUACACAAUUUGCCGCAUCAUCGAAUAGCAACACCUUCGCCAAGUAAUUUCCACCACUACGUGACCCGAAGCCAUCCAACAUCGUCGCAAUCCGGAUCCUUGCUAGGUAUUGGCGGUGACGGACGAGGAGGAAGUGGAAUGGCAGGGGCUUCCGGAUCCUCGAUCGGACCACAGCAGCAACAAUCUUCAGCUUACUCGCACCGCUCUAACUCACCCUACACACUACACAGGGCGAGUCCGGGCAUGCCGCAUAGCUCCUACCAUACCGGCCCUCGGUUAUAGAGACGGCUACAAGUAUUUCCCGAUAAACGUCGUCUGUUCAAAAUGCCAUUCUAAAAAACAGCACACACACGUGUGUUGCGAAUGGCAUUGAAAUGAGUCGUCAGGAGUGGAGUGGCGUGAAUAUGCACUUUAGUUAAACAAAAUAACUAAAUUAAAAAGUGGCGUAGUGAUGAAAUGAAAUACAAACUAAUAAGCAGUAAAAUAAUGAAUGAAAUCAUACAAAUACAUAGAUAUUCAAAUUAGAAUUUAAGUAUUUCAUUAAUUAUUGAACAAUUUACAACAGAAAAAAAGAGUCACGCAAGGAAAACAGAAAAAGAAACCUUUAUAUUUCAGAUAGAAAAACAAAAAAGAGAAAACUCACAUUGUAGGAGCAACUAAUAAACGAAUUAGGCGACAGUAAUCAAAACGAGUUGUUCUCCUCUAGAGGGACGAAAUUAAAAAGAAACGAGAAACAAAGAAAUUCAAAACAAAACAAAAAUAGUUACGCUGUACGCAAGCGACACGCGUGUGAGUGCGAUUCGAGUAUUUCAUUCUUAUUUUGUGCGUGUGUGUGAUUGAGGAGCAAACGAAAAUUUGUGGGUGUUAGCUGAGACUGGCAGAAAAGUGAUUACUAUUAUUUUACUCCUUUAUUAGCAUAUAUAGGCGGUGCCUUUAAUUUAUUGUCCCUUUAAUUGUAAGCUUCUCUUUAUGGGUCAUAUUAUAAAUAAACCUUUUCAAUGCUAUUUAUUAAUUUGCCGUUUUGUUUCAUUCGGUUUCAUCACUUAACUUGAAAGUUUAAUUUGGUUAAGAUCUUUUCUUCCUAGCUAGUUUAUUUCUACUUGUGGUUGUCGAAUAUAAUAUAAUAAUAAGUUUUUUUUUGAAAAUUCAAUAGAAAUGCGAUUAUUCAAUUUUACAGUUUUCAAAUCUUCAAAAAUCCAAAAUACCGUAUUGUGUGCGUGUAAGUAUUCAAUAUUACUAAUCUAUAAUUGAGCACUAUUUCUAUUUGGUAUAAAGAACUUUACCUACACACCUGACCGGUGUACAGGUGGUACAUACACGCAGUCAGCAUGCAAGCUGAACAAAGAAAUUGAUGCGAGUUUGGGUAAUUGUGCAAACCAGAAUGAUUGAAUGAUAAUAUAUCAUAAAGAUGUAGAGAAGAAGGAAAAAUACUUACUAAUUCCCAUCUCGGAGGACCACUAUUGUAUUUAGUCCUAAUUUAGUAUUUUACGUUAUUUCGGAUUUACGGUCAAAAUUGAAGUGCAAUGAAUCUCAUCUUCAGACGAACCAACAGGUAAAAUACUGCUGUAACAUCAUCAUUGAGAACGAUAAAUAUUGUAAAAUUUUCAAAGUUGUCAAUAUGUUACCGGUUUUUGAUUUUCCUUAAAUUUAAAGUUUCCAUAUGUUUCUCAUGAUUCAAACUUCAAUAGAUCUUAUGUUCUGUGUAUGUAGAUCUUAUGAUUCAAUCUUAUGCUUCAUUCAGAUUUUGGGCAGUUUUCGCAAAUAGUCAUCCUUAUUCUUGUUUCCGGCCAUUUUCAAAUGAACCAACUCAAAAGGACGUUCGAAUGUUCGAAUUAAUGGCAUUAGGAUUACCACUUAAGAACUUUGCUAUGAUUUUGUAUCCUUUUAUCAGAAAUCUCCAUGAUGAUGUUACGGUUCAUAAGCUACGAUAUGUCUGUUGCUAAAUUGUUACGUUCCUUAAUCGAUUCUAAAGUUAAUUUGUUGGAAUGAAAGUUCAACUCAUACUCAGAGAGUGCAUUGUGAAAAUAAGCAAAACAAAAUUAAAUAAUAAACAUGCAAAAAGCUGCCACAAUUUCCUCCCAUAAUAAUGAAAAGACGACCCAGAUAGAUUACAGCACGAAAGCCUGAGGAAAAACAAAAAAAAACUAUUUAACAGCGAAAUAAACGAUAAACAAAAGCGAAGCAUAUUUGAGAGAUAGCAAGCAAAAAUACAAUUGUUCUAAAUCUGACAUUGUUUUUUUUUUUCAGAAAUAGUGAGAGGACGCUAAGAUCUUCUAUCAUAGUGAGAGAAAACCGUACACACUAUUUAAUUACCAUUAUAAAAAACAGAUAAAAUAUUAUAACAAAAAAGCGAUAGUGAAAUGUAAAAAAAACACAUACACACAAAGAACAAAGAAAUAAUUAUGAAAUCCAACAGAAAAAAUAUCCCAAGCGUGAAUAGAUACUAGACAGCAUCCAAGUUAAGCAAGACAAGGUGAAAAACACAAGAGUCGGAAGGAAAAAUGGAAAUAUCAGAAAUAAAAAGAUUAUUUUGAAAAUUA